GCUAUCAACCGCCAUGGACGCGCAUGCCACUGACGUGAAGGACGCAGUCCAGAGGUUCUUGAUACACUCCUUCGACACGGAUGAGACGUAUCAGCAAGGAUUAGCAGGUAUCCUCAAUGGCAAUACGUUGGACGAAGCGAGUAGGCAGGAUGUAUUACUGCGGUCACGAGUAUUCUAUUUCAAUCGGAUAACAGGAUCCUCGUUGACUGUGGACGAUGUCCGGGAACACGUUCAGAAGACACAGACACCGAACGCCGCCACGAGGCUGGAGUCCGCAGCCCCUCGUGCCAGUCCUCCAGCAGAGGAGCAUCGAGUACUGUCUUUCGCAGAGCUAAAGGAGCUCAUCGAACAAGGCAAAACGGACCAAAUCCCCAACAAUCAUAUUAUUCCGAACGAGUUGAGCAAGGACGCCCCAAGCAUGUCUACGGUGCCGCCAAGGAAGAAGCCCUGGGAGGCGUGAGACAAUAGGCUUCAUUCCAAGAACACCAACCCUUCGGCCCUGUCCCCACCGAUGACCCGCUCAUUCUGAGCCUCACAGCGGACGACCCGCCGUAUCCGUUCGAGUGCUGCUGCAUCAUCGGCAUCAUGCCCCAGUGCGACUAUCGCCUUCUCAAUGUCGCUUCGACGUAUGCGACGACCCCAAAUGGACUCCCCGUAUGCGUCUACCAGGCGCACCAGCUCUAAGUAAGGCUGAUCUUCGAGGCACACCAUCGCAGCGAUAACAGUUGGCGGGAGGAAUGUCGCCUUGCCAACAUGGAAUGAACGCAGCGAGGGCAUUGCUGGGAGGAGCGGGGCGUUGGGGUCGAGGGGCUCGCUCAGCAGCGAUAGACCCAUGGGAAACGCGAUGUUCGUGAUCGUUAUGUGCUCUAUGUUGGUCCACUUUGAUAUCGCCCGAAAGAGAUGGGACGUCGCGGCAGGGACAAUCUGCAUUUCACUUCAGCGCGCAUGCUCUUGUAAGAUACCAAAGAUCUAGACGUACCGCAGCGGAGAAGUGAUGCUCUGGGUCCGGCCCAAGCCAGACGAACUUCUUCGGGCUGAGGUUUGCUCCCCCUUGAGAAAGCGUCAC